AUGAAGCGAACAUACGCUGAUUAUUACGAAGAUCCUGUCUAUUACUCUCCAGUUACAACGAAAGUAGAACAAGAUGUACAAUACUUUCCGGUGAAAUCAAAGAAUGAUGUAGAACAUGGUGUAUAUCAGUGUGAUAACGUUGAUGGAAGGUGCGAAGAGGUGUUUGAUGAUGAAUAUAUGUUUGUUUUUGGAAAGAUAUCGUGCCAUGUAAGAGAUUUUAAGUUUUUUUUGACUUUAAACGUAUAUAAGAGUUUUUAGGAGUUUUCGGUGUAUAUAUUAGUCAACGGGAAUUUAAAAUUUGUUCGUUAUACAGGGUUUAUGUUAUAUAAAAGUCUUUUCUACAAAAAUUCUACUGUAAAUGUUUGAUUACAAAAAUAAAAAUUUCAGAGUUUGACGCUUAUAAUCAGCCUUAUCACAACAGUCGGGUCAUUUUUAUACCUAAUCUUCAAUGUGUUUCUGUUUGCUGAUCGUCGUAAGUUAAUCCUAGUUAAACCUUUAGAUUUUUAGUACUAGGUGCCGAAAAAACCCAUUUUUUACAAAAAAUUACAAGGAGUGUAAGGUAGGUUCUUUAUGUCGCACCAGUGUUUUACGGAACGGAUCGGACCAGACCCAAAAACUCGCAGGCCCGGAUCUCAGGCUCCGGAUAGACAUGAGAAACGGGCCGGGCCUAACUUUUAGGCCCGGCCCGUUUUUUAUUUUGGUCAGGCCCGGCCCGAUCAGAAAAUUUCUAGGCCCGGCCCGGCCCGUUUUAAAAAAUUUUAAAAAUUUUAAAACAAAAACUAAACGGAAAAUUGGCUUUAAAUUGUUUUUUUAGAUCAUUUAUGGAUCAUAGAACCCAAUAAAAUCUAAAAACAUAAACGGGGAUUGAAAUAAAAAAUUUUAAAAAAUUUAGAAAUUUUUUUUCCAGGCCCGGCCCGAGUUUCCAAGGCCCGGCCCGAUCUAAAUUUUGCUCAAGGCCGGCCCGGCCCGAUUGCAGGCCCGGCGCGUUUCUCAUGUCUAGCUCCGGACCGGUUCCAAAAAAGAUUUUUUUAUUUUAAUAAAACUGUUUUAAAAAUUGCAAAUAAAAAAUAUUUUUAAGAGAUUUUAAAAGCAAAAGAAAGCAGUUUUAGCGCGUCUUGCUUUAUUUAAAAAUAAAAAAAGGACUUUUUUUUGCGGACCGGACCCAAAAAUUUUUGGAAGAUUACCGGACCGCCAGACUCAAAAAUUGAAGUUUGGACCGAACCGAUCUCGAAAAUCGCUAUACCAGAUUGGUGAAAAACACUCCGGGCCGGUUCAGGCAAAACACUGGCAAUAAUAGAUAGUGAAUGAAAAAUUUUAUGACUAUAAUCAACUAAUAUUUUUAAGAUAUACUAUUGUUUCAGAUGAAAGAUUUGGUGGAUAUGACUUUUUACAAACAGUCAACUUUGGAGUAGGAUUGCUGUUGUUGAUCGGAAAUCGUAUGGAAUGCUGGUUCUUGUACUUUCCGUAUAUGCUUUAUCAGGUAAUCGUACUCACAAAAUCCACUUCCAAACAAUUUUUAUAAAAGUUGAACUUUUUUUUGAGUCCGGUUUAGCCCUACCCGAUGGACCAUACUACUUUUUUAACGAAAAUAUAUUUUAAAAUUUAGUUUUGUACUUUUGUUUGAAAUUAUAGUUGAACGAAAUUGUCGCUACACAGGGGUUCAAUACAAUAAAGUUUCACUAUUAGUUUUUCCGAUUUUAGGGAAUAGUACAAGUGAUACUGAUGUUGGUUACAUUUGUAGUGCUAAUAAAGUCGUUUUUGAUGGCCAAAACUGGCGAUGAUGAUCGGUUUGCUGAAGAAACAGCACAAGAUUUUUGGGUAGGUUUAUGAUCCGAGUUUUUUACCAAAGCCAUUGUCAUAUGAUUUUAAAGUGAAUUAUUUGAAAGAGCAAGUAAAACUAUAAUAAAAGCGUUACUGUAUAAGAUUUCAAAAGUAUAUUACAGUACUCUCUCUAUAUAAGCAACCAGAAGGGACCGACAUUUUGUGUUUACUAUAAUGGGUGUUGUCUUUACCGAGAGACUUUAGUGCAAUCGACUUGACGGGGCCAAAUUUCUUGUUUACUAUAAGAAGAGUUGCUUAUACAGAUGGUUCACUAUAUAGAGAGAACACUGUACUUUUAAAAAAGCUUUAAAAUUUUAUUACAGGUUUUAAAAAUUUACAGAAUUUAAUAUGACAUUAUUUAGGACAACAUGAAGUUAGUUAUACUAAUGAUCUUAUAUGGUAUAUUGAACGCCUAUUGCCUAAAAGUUGUAAUGAAAGAUAUGAAGUACCUGAAGAAGAAGACUAGUGGAUUGACAGCGCUUUGGUAG